UUGGCGUUACUUAAAGACCAGUAGUGGUAGAGCUAGAAAAGAGCAGCUGAGGUUUUCACUUUAGAGAGAGAGAAAGAUCAGAUAUGGGUUCCAGAGCUCUAUUCUUCUUCUUGAUCGGUUUGGUAUCUUUGUUUGCUUUGACAGCUUCAGCCGAGAAUGAGGAAGACCCUGGUCUUGUGAUGAACUUUUACAAGGACACGUGUCCUCAAGCAGAAGACAUUAUCAAAGAACAAGUCAGGCUUCUUUACAAGCGCCACAAGAACACUGCCUUCUCUUGGCUCAGAAACAUCUUCCAUGACUGUGCUGUCCAGUCAUGCGAUGCAUCACUUCUGCUGGACACAACAAGAAGGCAACUGUCGGAGAAGGAUAUGGACAGGAGCUUUGGGAUGAGGAAUUUCAGGUACAUGGAGACCAUCAAAGAAGCUUUGGAGAGAGAAUGCCCUGGUGUUGUUUCCUGUGCGGAUAUUCUUGUUCUCUCUGCUAGAGAUGGCAUUGUUGCGCUGGGAGGACCUUACAUCCCUCUAAAAACAGGAAGAAGAGAUGGGAGGAAGAGCAGAGCCGAAAUCCUAGAGCAAUACCUGCCUGACCACAAUGAUAGCAUGCCUGUUGUUCUGGAAAGGUUUGCUGGAAUUGGUAUUGACACUCCUGGAGUCGUCGCCUUGCUAGGGGCCCACAGCGUGGGGCGAACCCACUGCGUGAAGCUGGUUCACCGUCUGUACCCGGAAGUUGACCCGGCUCUGAACCCGGACCACGUGGAGCACAUGCUGUACAAGUGCCCCGACGCCAUUCCCGACCCGAAAGCCGUGCAGUACGUGAGAAACGACAGAGGCACGCCCAUGAUCCUAGACAACAACUAUUACAGAAACAUCUUGGACAACAAGGGCUUGAUGAUGGUCGACCACCAACUGGCCGAGGACAAGAGGACCAAGCCUUAUGUCAAGAAGAUGGCCAAGAGCCAAAACUACUUCUUCAAGGAGUUCGCUAGAGCCAUCACUAUUCUCUCCGAGAACAACCCUCUCACCGGCACAAAGGGUGAGAUCCGAAAGCAGUGCAACCUCGCCAACAAGCUCCAUUGAUCAUCACGAAUUAAAGAUUAUUAAUAUAUUUGAGCCGGCCGAGAUGUUUGCAGAAUAAGGUUGUCGUUUUAAUUUGUAUGUGUUUUGAAGCUUCAAAAAAGUAGUAGUGGCGACCAAUGUGGUUGUUGUCUUGUAAUGUAGGGUUUCUAUCGCUGCUUUCUACCCUUUGUUGUCAUAUUUGGUGUAGUGAUUGGUGAUGUUGUAGUUUGUACAUGUUGUCAUGGUAUGUGUGUAUACGGACGGUGGUGAUUAUGUGUGGUGCGCAUGGAUUGGCAAUGAUGAUGGUUAUUGGUGAUUCGUGCACUGCUAGCUCUUGAGCA